AUGUCUGAAGGGUACUUGAGGAGGUGGAAAGAACUUCUUGGAGACCUGAAGGGCGAGAUAAGGGACCUGAAGGGCGAGAUAAGGGACCUGAAGGGCAAGAUAAGGAACAUGCAAAGCAAGGGGAUGUAUAACCGGGAAGAAGAAGAUCAUGGCCCGGAAGUUGAUGUUUGUUUGAAACCGGAUACAUUAAAAUUUGGGGUGCUAAAAAAUGAUUUGCAAAAUCCCCAGCUGUUGGAUUUAGAUGACUUACCUCGUGGCACAGAAAAUAAUGAACUUAAUCAUGUGAACGAGGAUAUUGUCUCAUCCGCACCAAGAUUUCACUCUUCGGAAAAGACUACGACUCAACCAGAAACAGCUGAGCCUUCUGCACCUGUGGUGCCUCCUGUUAGUGAGAGAACUGAGUUAUUGGCUGAGUCUUGGGAGAAGACUAGUGACAUUUUAACUACGACUCAACCAGAAAUAGCUGAGCCUCCUGCACUUGUGGUGCCUUCUAUUAGUGAGAGAACAGAGUUGUUUGCUGAGUCUUCGGAGAAGACUAGCGACAUUUUAACUACGACUCAGCCAUCAAUAGCUGAGCCUUCUGCACCUGUGGUGCCUCCUGUUAGUGAGAGAACAGAGUUGUUUGCUGAGUCUCCUGUUAGUGAGAGAACAGAGUUGUUUGCUGAGUCUCCUGUUAGUGAGAGAACAGAGUUGUUUGCUGAGUCUCCUGUUAGUGAGAGAACAGAGUUGUUUGCUGAGUCUCCUGUUAGUGAGAGAACAGAGUUGUUUGCUGAGUCUCCUGUUAGUGAGAGAACAGAGUUGUUUGCUGAGUCUCCUGUUAGUGAGAGAACAGAGUUGUUUGCUGAGUCUCCUGUUAGUGAGAGAACAGAGUUGUUUGCUGAGUCUCCUGUUAGUGAGAGAACAGAGUUGUUUGCUGAGUCUCCUGUUAGUGAGAGAACAGAGUUGUUUGCUGAGUCUCCUGUUAGUGAGAGAACAGAGUUGUUUGCUGAGUCUCCUGUUAGUGAGAGAACAGAGUUGUUUGUUGAGUCUCCUGUUAGUGAGAGAACAGAGUUGUUUGUUGAGUCUCCUGUUAGUGAGAGAACAGAGUUGUUUGCUGAGUCUUGGGAGAAGACUAGUGACAUUUUAACUACGACUCAACCAGAAAUAGCUGAGCCUCCUGCACCUGUGGUGCCUCCUGUUAGUGAGAGAUCAGAGUUAUUUGCUGAGUCUUCGGAGAAGACUAGCGACCUUUUAACUAGGACUCAGCCAUCAAUAGCUGAGUCUUCUGAACCCGUGGUGCCUCGUGUUAGUGGGAGAAAGAAGUUAAUUGCUGAGCCUUCUGAACCUAUGGUGCCUCGUGUUAGUGGGAGAAAAAAGCUAUUUGCUAAGCCUUCGGAACCUGUGUUGCCUCGUGUAAGUGGGAGAAAAAAACUAAUUGCUGAGUCGUUUAAACCUCUGGUGCCUCCUGUUAGAGGGAGAAAAAAACUAGCUGCUGAGUCUUUUGAGCCUACGGUGCCUUCUGUUAGUAGGAGAAAAAAGUUAUCUGCAGAGCAAUCCAAUGACAAAGGACAUGAGCGUCUUAGGAGUCGGCAGUUCUAUCACUCCCACACAUUACAGCCAAUGACCUUUGAGGAAGUAAUGUCCAAUGAAGAUAGCGAGAAUGAAACUGAUGGUGUUGUUUUAGAUCUUCAAGAACGCCUGAGAUUUGAACGUUUUGCGGGCUUGAGCAAAGAGCAGAACCGAUUCAUGUAUCUUUGGAACAUAUUUAUAAGAAGGCAAAGAAAGGUACAUCAGGGUGAUCGCGGAUGGGCAUGUGAAGAGUUUACAAAACUUCACAAGAAAGAGAUGAAAAGGUCUUCGUCUUUCGAUUGGUGGUGGAGAAUGUUUAGGAUUCGCCUGUGGAAUCAAGGCCUUAUCUGCGCCAAAACCUUCAACAAUUGCACAACUAUCAUGAUCCAGCAGAAGUCGGAUAAAGCAGGUCCAUCCACCUCUCACCAACCUGCUGCUACUGCCAACACAGAACAGUCCAUGGAAAUUGAUGCAUAACAACAGUGACCAUAUGGAGAAAUUCA